UUUGACUGCAAGAACCAUUCUCCCUCUCCUAUCGCGGUAAUACUCAUUGCAAGCCCGAUUCUUACUAUGGAAUCCAAGCCCUACACGUUAUACUACUCGCCUGGCACUGCAAGUCUGUGCGUGCAUUGGAUGCUGAUCGACGCCGACCUGCCCUUCAAUGCCAUUCCAGUAGAUUUCACCACUGGGGCACAACAUGCAGACACGUAUCGACGACUGAACCCCACGGGCCGCGUCCCCACAUUGAUCAUCGAUGGCGAGGCCCGGGGAGAAAGCACUGCGUUACUGAUGCUGCUCGCGGAGCGCCAUCCCGACCGCGGGUUGAUGCCCGCAAUGGACGCCUCCACGCGCCCCCUGUGGCUGCAGACGAUGAUCUACCUGGCCAACACGGUCUUGCCCGCCAUGCGCGACUGGUUUUACGCCGACCAGGAUGGUCCGGCCGCAGGGGCGGCUGCGGUGCGCGACCUGGCCCGCCGACGGAUCGAAGGUGCCUGGGAUCUUCUGGAUGCGCGCUUGGCGGGAUCAGCGGGCUCCCACGGAGCUUCCUUGACUACAGCGGCAGCCAAAUAUCUGGUUGGAGAUACCUUGACCACGGCGGACUUUAUGGCAGUGAUGCUGAUGCGAUGGGCGCGGGAUAUGCCUCGACCAGCCACCAGCUGGCCGCAUUUGGCACCGUACGUGGAUCAUUUAACCGCGUUGCCCUCUUUUCAGGAGGUUUGUCGUCGCGAAGGUUUAGUCCACUGGCCUCCAUCCAAGGAUCGAUGAUGAGGGUUGGUCGGGAACAAUUGCGAGAAACCGAGUGAGCAAUCGAGCACAGGACUACAU